AUGGCCCACCACCUUAGCAAGUUCGCCAAGGAAGAAGGGGACCAGAAGCCUUCUGGUUCUACCUUAGACCAGCGCCAGGAUAUCUCAACAUCUCCUCGUCGGUUGAAGCUUUACGGCGGCAGCAGAUGCCAGACCCCACAGAGUCCACACAGAAACAUCUUUGUCCCCCACAGCGACGCUGAAUUCAAUUUGAAACUCCUCAAUGGUCAAAUGCGCCUCAGUAUUGCCGACUGGAAGAGCGGAGUGCCCAAGUUCCUCAUGAAAAACCACGUUCUUGGUAAGCCAAAGGGUGGCCUCGAGGUUGGAUUUCACGAUGAAACCAUCAAUAUCGAGUUCCGAAUUCCGCCCGGUUUUCCCGAUGGCAUGAUUGGGUUCAUGACUAUCUUGCAAUACAUCUUUCUGGAGCCAGAAUGUCUGGGAAUACUGGAUAUCAAAAUUGGUAGCGAUCCUGUCAAGGCAGAGUCCCGCAAAGCCAAAGAGCAGAAGGGUAAAGUCGGUUGGUCCUCCCCAUGGGACAGCUCCGGCUGCCGAGUGAGUUGGAUCAAGGAGAAUGAAGAUUCCGUGAUGAAGUACAAAUUCUCCAAUAUCAACAAGAUUGGAGUUGAUGAAGAGAUGAUUGUGACGAUGGAUGAAUGCAACGAACUUUAUGGGAAGAUCGGUUCAGCUGAUCCGAAUACAUACGGCAAAUGGCUUGCCAUGCCAGCAAGAAUCUGGCUUCGGACACAGUGGUUCAUGCGCAAUGUCCAGGAUAUUGACAACGGUAUUUUCAGCAAGUUGACCAAGUCCACGGCACCUGUUGAAGAAAUGCAACCUACAUCUAAGCGUAAGGGCAAGAAGAAGAAAACGAAGAGCCGAAGGUCAUUGGGUCCUGCCAAUCCAAGCUCUACGCCUACAUCGGAUCAGAAACCCCCAACCAAUGCUCCAUCGAAUAUGCAAGCAGUCGCCAAAAGCACGCCCAGUCUCACUGUUCAAACCGCAAGUGUCUCAAUCGAUAUGAUCGAGAGCAAGCACAGCAUUGGUGCACACAAAGAGGGAGAAAAGCCUGAGCACGCGAAGAUAGCUUCUCAGAAUGGCCAAAUUGACAUGCGAAUGGGCUCGUCUGAUGAAGGAACCCCAACUGAGCAGCAUUCAGUACAAUGCAGUGGGCAAUCAUCGUCACCAGCCUACUUCCAUUCACCUACCUUGACCCCCGCACAUCCCGAGUCGCCAGCCGAUGCGACCCGAACUUGCAUCUCUCCCAUCAUCUCUCGAAACCCAAGCACGCCAUGUAGCUUUUCUACCGCCACCGAUAUCUGGCCACAAAGCAUCCCAGGCGAGAUUGAUACUGAGGAGAUGGAGGAAAUCGAAAUUGAGCUCGCAACACCCAUAGCAGGCGCUGAGGGCUACUCUUCUGGUCUUUUCGAGGGCCUUCAGAAGGUAGUCUCACCAACGAAGCAAAAGUCGCGCGCCCUUCCCACUCCAGCUACAGAAAAUGCCCAGCUGGCAACGGAAGAAGAUUGUGCUGGUGCAACUCAAUGUUCCGACGAACCCCUUGACGAGUCUAGUCGCAUCAGCGAGACCAAGCUAGCCAAGAACAAGAAAGACCGCAUACGGCGGAAGAAAAGGGCUGCAGCCACAUCAACACGCGGAUUUAUGGAGUGCUAUUCGACCACCUAUCCCGGAUUCUCGUUAGUACAUGGAUGGAAGACUAAUUCUUCGUCUUCGUCUGAGACUCUUGAAGAAGAAUCUCCCACACCCACACAGAAAGGCGAAGAUAGCAUCAACCUCACGGAAGGCCAAUGGAACGUCUUUGAGAUUCCUCUUCCCUGUUCGAGAGAGGGCUGUCCGAACCAGUGCAGCUUCAUGGAUGGAUCUACUGUCAUCUGUCCAGCAUGUGGUCCAUUCUCCCUGGUCCGCUACUGCGGCAAACAACAUCUGUGGGAAGACGUCCUGGAUCAUUGGAUCAGGUGCCGUUGCUAUCCUCUUCUUCACAAGUUUGGUAUCAGUUCUAUUCCAAAGGAAAUCUUCAUGGGACCACCAAUACUGCACAACUUUCAUCAAUGGGACAGACCUGAGCGUCAUCGCCAGGCCGUGUGGUUCUCUUCUGCUGCUAGUUAUGGGGACUACUUUGUCUUCAUGAACAACGACUAUCCCCCGAAUUCCGUGUAUCAAUCAGUCGGCUCCGAGGGACCCGUGUACCCAAUGGGGGCGAACGUCGCCUGUUGGUUUAAGGAGCCCCAAGAGAAAGAUCGAAUUCGUCGAGUUCUGGCAGUUUGCCUUUUCUUGGCACCCCAGCAUCCAGCCAUCGUCGGCUAUUUGUAUCGCCUAGUCCGGGACUGGUUCAUCAGCCAUGGCUGGCUCAGUGAAAGCGUGCACGGUGCGCUCGCUCGCCAGAUAGGACUCGAAACAGGACUUGAUCCAAAAUUGUUGAUUAAUUCGGAGCUUCACGCCUGCGAAGCAGAGUGGUACGGCAAAAAUCACCCUUGCUCCAACCCCCGUUGCGCCUCUGAUCCUCCUACCAUGUUUCCCUAUCCCGGGCUGAGUGGGUUCAAGGAGCUCUGCGAUAUUCUGGAGGGUAACUUCUGGUUAUUGCGAGCACACCGAACCACUCAUCCCGGGGUGGGGGACAUGGUGGAUCGGAUUCAGGGCGUUGGAUUCGAUCAGGCCCGAGUGUCGGGGCGGGUUUGGCCCCGCGGGGAGGGAUGGGAUGGUGUGGGGACGGGCCCUAUGUGGGUGGAAGAGGCGUGGCCUCUUUGGCCGAGGUUCGCCGCGAUCUAA